AUGCCCGUCUCUGUCUCUGCCUCUGCUUGUCUUUGCCUCUGUCUCUGUACCUGUGCCCGUACCUGUACCUCUAACGCUGUGCCUAGGGCUGCCUUGCCUCGCCUUGCCCUGUUAGCCUGUCUUGCCUUAAGCUACCUACGGUGCUGUACCUUAGCUGUAUCCAUGUCCCACGCUCCAGCUCCACACUCUUGCUGGCGACAAUAA